AUGUUCGGACGUUUUGUUUUCCCCAACGGUGAUUACUACGAAGGACAUUAUACUCAAAGCAGACAGGGCAUUGUGAGAAAUGGCGAGGGUAAAUACUUGGGAGCGUUUCGAGAUGCGUUCAAACCGCCUGAACCAACCGAGGUUAUCAGUGAGAAGAGUAAAUCGAACUUGGACUGGGACAAAGAUGCAUCCAGUAAGAGAGAACCGGAGAACUAUUUGGGAAAAUUUAACUACCUAUGUUACUCCGGUUCAUGGGUCAGUGACAAGAUCGAGGGUUACGGUUUUGUUCUGUAUCCAAAUGGAGAAAAAUACGAAGGGCAAUUCAAGGAAAAUAGGAUGCACGGAGAAGGAACUUACACCUGGCCGGACGGUUUUAUUCUGAAAGGCACUUUUCUCAAUAACCGGUUAGCCCCUCAGUCUGAGCUGAGCUUGAUUGAUCCAUCCGAACAUGAGUGGACCGGGAAAUGGAACGGGGACAAUGUGAUACAUUUGAAAUCGGGCGGGGAAAGCAAUAUACAAACACGAAUCAUUCAAACGCGAUUGGCUCUCAAAUUGACCAGUUUGUAG